AUGAUUCGACAUGGCGAGAAACCUCGGAAUCCAAACGACCAUGGCUUAACCCCAGACGGGGUCAAGCGGGCACAGUGUUUGAGACAUGUUUUCGGUCAAGAUUCCGAGUACAACAUUGGGCAUAUCAUGGCACCUCGUGUGAAAUGGGAUGGCGCGCAUGGCCGUGCGUUUGAAACCGUUCUACCCCUUGCCAACGAUCUCGGUCUCACAGUUGACACGCACUGCAAGCGCAACAAAGUGAAAUGCGUGGCUAAGACGAUCAGAUCGUAUGAUGGACCGGGCAACAUUUUGAUUGCAUGGCGACACUCGAGGAUGGGUGGGAUUGAGGAGGAGCUUGGUGCUUUGGAGCCUAUUGAAUAUCCGGAUGAGCGGUAG